GAAGUGGCCUAGGAGUCGCCGCGGGGCCUGGGCCUUUUUAAGGCACCUGACUCCAGCCUUCUUGGAGCUGGCGUUGUCAGGGCUUAUUUUCUCUAGGUUCGGAGACCUGGGCCUGAGCGCUCCACGUUGGCCCUUUAGGGGGUCUUCUGGAUUGUGCCCCGCGCACGACCUGCCAUUCUUUUCCUUCCAGCAUGAUCUGCUGGAGCCCCAGCAACUUGCCUGAAAGAGACCACUCGACCUGGACGAACCCUUUGGCAGCUUCAGACCGUCCUUGAGUAGGAUGACUGAGACACUAUGGGCCACGCGCUUUGCAUCUGCUCUCGGGGAACUGUCAGCAUUGACCAUAAGCGCUAUCUCUUCAUCCAUAAACUGGGGGAGGGGGAAUUCCUCUGGAUCCCAGCAGUAUGGGAGAUGACCUUGGUCCUUCACUGACCCCUUUGGCCCACAGUGGGUUCAGCUUUGUGGACCUAGUGGAGGGGUUACAUGAUGGACAGUUCUACGCCCUGAAGCGAAUCCUGUGUCAUGAGCAGCAGGACCAGGAGGAGGCCCAACGAGAAGCAGACAUGCAUCGCCUCUUCCAUCACCCCAACAUCCUUCGCCUCGUGGCUUAUUGUCUGAGAGAGCGAGGCACUAAACAUGAGGCCUGGCUGCUGCUACCCUUCUUCAAGAGAGGUACGCUGUGGAAUGAGAUAGAAAAGCUGAAGGACAAAGGCAACUUCUUGACUGAAGAGCAAAUCAUUUGGCUGCUGCUGGGUAUCUGCAGAGGCCUUGAGGCUAUUCACGCCAAGGGUUACGCCCACAGGGACCUGAAACCCACCAAUAUCUUGCUUGGCGAUGAGGGGCAGCCGGUUCUAAUGGACUUGGGGUCCAUGAAUCAAGCAUGCAUCCACGUGGAGGGCUCCCGCCAGGCUCUGGCCCUCCAGGACUGGGCAGCCCAGCGGUGCACCAUCUCCUACCGGGCCCCGGAGCUCUUUUCCGUGCAAAGCCACUGUGUCAUCGAUGAGCGGACUGAUGUCUGGUCCCUAGGUUGUGUGCUAUAUGCCAUGAUGUUUGGGGAAGGCCCUUACGACAUGGUGUUCCAGAAGGGUGACAGCGUGGCCCUUGCAGUGCAGAACCAACUUAGCAUCCCGCAGAGCCCCAGGCAUUCUUCAGCCUUGCGGCAGCUGCUGACCUCAAUGAUGACUGUGGACCCCCAGCAGCGCCCUCACAUUCCUCUGCUCCUGAGUCAGUUGGAGGUGCUGCAGCCCCCGGCUUGGGACGAGCACACUACCCACAUCUGAACAAACCUGUGGCCACGUUGAGAAGGUGGCCCCUGUGCCUUGGCAAGGAGCCGCCCGCCCUCAGUAGAAUCUCCAUGCAUUCAGUCCAGGACCGUGCCCUUGUCACUGGGGGCAGCUGGGGGCUGGGACAGUUUGCUCAGUCUUCUGUCUCUGAUUCUGUUGUCUCACCUCCAAGAGCAGUAACUGGACUGGAGGCCUGCCUGGGUCACGGUGGGGGAUGGGGAGAGGGGAACUGAUAGAAUAUAGUCAAGGCUCUGAGCAGGACUGCUGAGCAUACAUCAUGAUCUGCUUCCAAAUCUGGGGGCAGGAGAAUGUAUAAAACAAGAAUAAAGUGAAAGCAGCUUGGUGUGA